CUGUGUCUGAUUUAAUUUCAAUUCAGUGACUGGAGGCUCAUUUGCCUUCUCCAUGGUCUUCUGAGCUCAUGUACAUACUAUAUUCUACAGGUCCUAACACAGUCCCCACCCAGCUUAGCAUCAGGAAAUGCUCUGACAUGUUGGGACAGUCUUCAAAGGUGCAAUGCAAUUUAAGCUGAUGAGGUUUUUAAAUAUACUGCAGUUAGGAGCUACACUCAUACUUAAGCCUAAACUUUCUUAAUUCUAAAUGGUGCAUUGUGCUUCCAGUUAAUGCACAAGUACAAGAGUAGCACUAGUGUAUGUUAGUUGAUCUAUUUUAUGGGCUAACAUAAAAAAACUACUAUUAAGUCCAAAGAGUGACGUCAUACUAGAAAAAAGUAUAAUCAAGAGUUACAAUUUAGUUCCAAGACACUUUAUUUCUUUAACACCAAAUUUUAGGCUGCAAGUUUUUUCUGCCCGCAAACUAUGAUACAAUACAUUAUAAAACUUUUAAAAUAAGACUUACCUUUAUAGACCACAGCGGUGAAUGGAUCAGGAUUUCCAAGUUUCUUUUUAGGCAGACCUUUAGCCGACUCUACUACAACCCGCAACAUGGCAACAAACAGGUUAAAAUCAACAAGGCUGAAUCAGUAAAGCUGAGGAAUCAAAUGAAAAACAGUCUUCACAGGACUCUCGUGUCUUGGCAUCCUCACUGCCCCAUCACUGAAGCGCGCAGGGCAGGGCCGAGGAAGUAUAAACUAUUUCUCGGUCCCGUCGGGGAGAAUGAGGGCGGGUCACGGGAGUGUAAUUACUACUCUGAGUGGAGGCUUGUGAGCUGCUGCUGCUGCCAUCGUGUGAGUAGCUCGCGGAGUUACAGUUAUUUUGUAACACGGUCUUCUCAUCAGUGAUGUGCUGACUCUCCACCUCUGGGAGCAGUCAAACGCUCAUGACGGAUGGCUUAUUGAUCCGUGGUCCUGGACAUUCCUUCCCUGGCUGGAGAUAAAAUACUUUGUUUGACCAAAUCAGGACUGCCUGAAAAGACAGAGGAAGGGAUGGAAACUUGUGGUUGCUGUGUCUUUGUUUGUCACCAGGAUCUGGAACUUAAGAACUUGAAACACUGACCAACCUGGAUCACAAAUUCAAGAGAAAAAGAUGGAGCAGUAUCUCGUGUGUGGAUUAUUUUAAACUGUGAGGCUCAGGUUACCAAUAUGGAUAACUUAAGAAACAACAAAAAUCCAUGGGUGCAAUAUGAGAAAGAAGUGCCACACAGCAGGUUUUGUGAUCCAGCCUGGGGAGUCAGUCCUGCUGAAAAACUGAGCCCCGAGCACCUGCAGCUCCUGAGAAAUGCAUUCACCUGUCCUAAAGCUGGAGCACAAAUAUGUGAAGACCGGCCAAACAGAAGGAGUGGAAGGAACAGAGGAGGAAACAAAGAGCGUGGAAUGAUUUUUGAAGAGUUUCAGGAGGUUCUGAGGUCUGUGAUUGGUCCAGAUAUUGAGGACACAUGGGUUGAGAGAUUCUUCAGUGAGGUAGAUAUCACUUGUACCGGGCAGGUGAAAUGGCAGCAGCUUUGUUCCUUCCUGCUUUUGGAGUACACUGAGAGAGAGCGUGCCUCCAUCCCCAGAGCAGCCCUCCUGGACUCGCAGCCACAGAUCAGACACUGCUCUCACAAUAAGCGGGGGCCAACAGUGCGCCUGGUUGCUGUUUCCCAUCCUCCUCCACUCCGCUAUAUUAGUGUCAGUAAAGGGGGUCAGAUCUCUGUCUGGAACAGCAGCCUACACAUCCUCAAAGGUCUAGAGCUGACUGGAGACCCAACAGAGGAAGUGGCCAACACGAGGAGAUUCAGAGGUUGGACCACUGACGCCGUCUAUAUGGGCAACGUCCACAAGGUUGCCAUAGCAACGGACUGCAGGGACUUGCAUUUUGUCAAUGUCUCCACAGCCAGUGUAUUUGAGGACGUACAUGUUUUUGGGUUUCGUAGUGUUCCAACUGCUCUUUGUUAUUGGCAUGAUGUUCAGUGUCCAGAGCGACCCUCCCUGCUGCUGCUGGGGGAUGAGAAAGGAGGAGUCCACCUCAUGUGGUUCCUGAACCCAUCUAAAGGUCUUUUCAAGAAUCCACCUAAGAAAGAGAACGGCCCACAGAGGAUCUUUUUCCCAGACCUCGGUGAACACAGCAACAUGGUCUCCUACCAUCACGUCCCCAACAUCCACCAGCAACCAAUCAACAGAGUGAUGUUUGAGCCCAGCACCAACAUCAUCAUGACAUCAUCAGAAAGUGAUACCACCUCUGUGGUCUUCAUGAAUGUAACACUGAAGCAGGAGCCUUAUAUUUGGAAAUUUAAGCAGGGAGCUAAAUGUUUUGACUACAACGCAUCUCUGCAGUUGAUGGUCACAGGAGGUUGUGACCGAGCCGUCAGACUGUGGACUCGAUUUGUGACCACACGUCCUGUAACUACACUGCUGGGUCACCGUACCACUGUAUUGGAUGUUGCAAUCUACCAACCUGCUGGGCAGAUAUUCAGCUACUCCAGAGAUGCUGAGCUGAGGGUUUGGGACAUUUCCAGCCAUCACUGUCUGAAAACCUUCGGCCUGCACUUCCCCUGCCAGCAGCCAGGUCGAAUCCCAGAACACGGCAACUUCCCCUUCCUGUUGCUGAGCCCUCCUCUUCCUGAGCAGACACAGUCUCAUUUAGUAGUGGGAUGCAAAGAUUACCUGGCACUGCUCAAUCUGGCUGAAGGGAAAAGAGGAGGGGGCGGUUGGUUGACCGAUGAAGGAAGGGAAACUGGACCAGAAAUUCAAAGUGGUCCUGCUCUCUCCUGCGCUCUGUAUAACUCCACUUUGAGACAGGUGGUGACUGGACAUACCGACUCGUCUGUGUCUCUGUGGGACGUAGAGACCGGGAGAAGGCGGCUUCAGAUCUUAAAUGCUCAUGGAGAAGAUGAACUCACCUGCAUGGCGCUAGACUCCUCCCACAGAAGACUAAUCACUGGGGCUCGCAAUGGCACUAUUAAGGUGUGGAACUUACUAAACGGCCUUAACCUGCACAAACUCGAGCCUGUGACCAACUCUGACGUCACAGGGUUGACCUGUCUCCCUGACAACCAGCUGAUGGCUGUAGGGUGGAGCCAGCGGAUAGCUCAGUAUGACAUUGCGGCUGCUAAGGAUUUGUAUGUAAGAGCAGACAUGUCGUGGAAGUCCAGCGGUGUUCACAAGUCAGACAUCCUGGCUGUGUGUCAGUGCUCCGCUCUGGGGGUCAUUGCCACGGGGAGCCAUGAUGGAGAGGUCAUUAUCUGGAGGCUGGAGACGAAAGGAGCCGUGCUCCACCUACAGAGACUGACACGGAGAGGAGUGGUGCCCCCUGUGGACAGCCUCUUGUUCCUGCAGCAUCGGGCAGGUGACAGAAAGUUGAAAAACAGAGGCGUCCUGGUCUCAUCGCAGGCUGGCUGUCUCUGCUUUUGGAGCAUCACUGGACAGACACAAACUUACGGACAGUUCUAUGCUCCAGAGCAGCCAGGUGAGCGUGUGAUCAGCCUGAGCUCAGAUCAGCUUAAAAACACCAUCCUCGUGUCUGGAGACACAAUGGGCUGGCUUCAGAUCUGGGACAUCUGUCACUUUGCACUGGACAUCCAACACGAGCCAGUUUGUGAGCGGCCUCCUCUGCUGCAGUGUUGGAAGGCUCAUAAGGGAGCGUUAGUGAGUGUGGAAGUCCUCGAGGUGGUUGACAGAUUGUUCAUCCUCACAGCCUCAGCUGACGGCUCUGCUGGUCUGUGGACUGUAGACGGAGAUCUCGUGGGUUCUUUCGGGCAGGAAGUAUUGUGGAAUAAUACUGACCCAGCUACUUACCAGUGGGAGAAAAAAAUGAAACUGACAGAAGACGCAGAUGAGAGGACUGAAAGUGACGAAAUGGGGCUCAGCAAGGUCAAAAGUCAUGCACCUGACCCCAUCAACAGGGGUCAAACUUCACAGGAAGAAUGUUUUGAAGCUUCAUCUACCAGCCCAUCAGAGAAUGACCACGAGCGACCACAGCAGCUCAUGGAGAAGGCUCCACUGAGGAUUUACCCACAAUCCCCUGGGUCCGGUGUUGACUGACAGCAAAAGGCUCAGCUCACAGCAUCUAGAAGGAAAAGUGAAGCUUCCUACCGGUCCAGUCAGAUAUAAACAAAGAUGCAGACAUGAAUGCUGUUUUCUGUUUUCCCCUUAUUUUAUGAAGUUGUCUUGAAACUGUAAACAUGAAUAUGUGUUUAAAUAUGCCAUACUGUAUUGGCAAUAUUUCUACUUUAAAACAGUCUAUCAUAUACACUGCACCGGACUUAUGCAGCACGAUAAAGAUACUGAAAACUGUAGGAAUUGUUUUCCCCACCUUC